UUAGAUAGAGCGGACCCCUCCCUCUUUUACACAAAUAAAACCCUAGCCCCCCUAAUACCUUCAUCCUCUCAAGUCAGCCGCCGCCCCUCUCUUUCUUUUUCUCUACAUCACACAAGCCUAUUCUAUCAUCUGGAUACACACACGAAAUCUAUCAUCUGAUAUUCUCACAAACACACACGAAAUAGCUGAAAAACAGAUCCGAAAUUCGAAAAUUAAGAAAGAAAUCUGUAAACAAAAAGAAAAACAGUGGAUUUCAAUGGAUUUUACAUUGGAAGUGAUUCAAAGGGCUGGAUUUUUUUUUGGCUGAUUUGAGAGAGUUCUCCAUUUGUUUCUGGGUUUGCAAUCUAGAAUGAAUCUGCAAUUUGCUGCUGUUGUCGAUUGUUGAGUAGCUGAUAUCCAUUCCUCAUUUUAGACCUUUAUUUGAUUUGUAAUCUUUAUUUGGGCAUCCGUUGGGAGACCUUAAAGUAGGAAGGAAUCAACAUGAGCUUGUAGUAGAGAAAGGGCUGGAUCCAUGUAUAGAGCUUCAGAUGAGUCAGAUGAGGAUUACACAGUUGAUGAGUCAGAAGAUGGAUGUUCUUCUUUUGUCGGAGAUGAGUCAGAUGAGAGCUUAGGUGAAUUUGAAGAUGAGGAGGUCGAGGAAUUGAAGACGAAGCCGAUUAAAAAGGUUGUUCGAUCAGGAGAACCAAGGAGAAACAGAAAAGGCACUGUAAGGCCUAGAAAGAGAAAGAGAGUUUCAUAUAGAGAAGAUGACGAUGAUGAUGAUGAGGAAUUCACACCAGAUGGCUUGGAUGCAGAUGAGGAUUUGCCAGUAAUGAACGGGAUGAAGAAUUUGAGCAAGUCACGGUUGCGUAAGGGCACUGCCAAAGAUCAUGAUGAAGAGGAUGAGGAUGAUGAGGAUGAUGAGGAAUUCACUCCAGAUGGCUUGGACGAAGAAGAAGAUGAAGAAGAGUUUCCAGUAUUGAAAGGGAUGAAGUAUUCAAGCAAGCCACAAUUGCGUAAUAGCACUGCCAAAGAGCAGAAGAGAACUAGAAAUCAUAAAGAAUUGAAAAGGAUCACGAGAAAGAAACCGCAGAACAGACGCCGAUUGAAAAGGAAAGCAAGAUCUGAAAAUGAUGAGAAGUUCAUAGACGUCGAUCCAGUUUUGGCAGAAACGAAUAAAAAGAACGCAGGUCAGAGGAGAAAAAGAAAGAGACUAAGAGUAGAUUCGGAUUCAGAUUUUGUUGAGAGUUCUGGAUCAUCUCACCGUGAGUUUACCAUCUCUGAAGAAGAGAGGGAACAAGUCAGAGAGGCUAGCCGAUUUUGCAGGGGCCUUGUUACAGCUUGGAGGGGCUCAGCUUCCUUGAAAAAUUUACCGAAAGAGGAAGCUCCGCGUCUACAAAGAAAAUAUCCAGGAAGAAAGGAUAAAGAGAAAGUGGAUUUGAAGACUGAAGUAGGAAAGCAGAUUUGUGGAAUAUGUUUGUCGGAAGAAGGUAAGAGGACAGUUAGAGGGACAUUGAAUUGCUGCAGUCAUUACUUUUGUUUUGCUUGCAUCAUGGAGUGGUCCAAAGUGGAAUCCCGCUGUCCACUGUGCAAGCAAAGGUUUGUAAUGAUUAGUAAGCCUGCAAGGUCAGACACUAGCUUUGAAUUGAGGACUGUGGCUUUUCAGGUCCCUGAGCGUGAUCAGGUCUAUCAACCAUCUGAAGAGGAGCUUAGGGGUUACAUUGAUCCAUACGAAAAUGUAUUAUGUACAGAGUGUCAGCAAGGUGGGGAUGAUGCUCUUAUGCUGCUAUGUGAUCUCUGUGAUUCACCUGCACAUACUUAUUGUGUUGGUCUUGGACAUGAAGUACCUGAAGGUAACUGGUACUGUGAAAGCUGUCGGCCAACUGCACUUGCUUCUUCAAACCCACAGAAUAUGAAUCCUACCCCUGAUAUUAAUAGAACAAGCAGCAAUUUUUCUAUUGGGUCACCCCCUGUAGCCAAUGUGAGGGAGACAUUUGACCUUAAUGAAAUGUACGUACCUGAUACCCCUUUGGCUGAAGAAUCCGGUGGUUUUCAAUCUCCCCGAGAUGGUCGAGUUGCUUCUCCAGCUUCUGGGGUUGGGGCAUCGACGGUUUUUGACCGACGUAGAAUACAACGGCAAAUAAAUCAACUGCUUAAUAACAGGAGGAGACAACUUGGUAAUGUUAAUGGGACCUUGGUUGCUGUAUCAGGGAAUAGUCUCGUUGGCUCCCAAAUUGCUCGAAGCAGGGAAUUAGCAACUCAACCUGCUGUAGCACAAAGGGCAGCUCCUCAUAGUACAUUUUUCCAGGGAAGGCAACUGGAGAGUAAUGCUCGUUUAUCUCAUAAUCGGAAUAUUUUACCUGAAAGGUCAAGUAAUUUGAGUGGGCAACUGAAUCUGAAUGAAGCCUCUACAUCAUCGCAGAGUUUUUUGGGUGAAUUACAAGGUACCGAUGCAAGUAUCAGCUUGGCUUUGGUUCAUCAGCAACUCCAUCCCCUCAGUAGCAUAUCUUAUGUGGGGCCUGAUACUAGCCCAUCUCCUUGUCCAUUUAGAGAGUCUACAGUACCUUCAAGGACAUUGCCUAGCACUUUAAGAAGACCAUUUUAGCUGCAUGUGCGGUGGGACGAAGUUCUCCUUGUGCAGUUCACACCUUAAUCUGUAAUUAUGUUGGAGACCAGCUUGCAAUCACUCAUAGGGGGUGGAGGACCAGUUAUCUUCUUGCUUCUUUUUGUACUUAAGCUACUAUAAUGGUGGGGGAAAUCAUGAGUAGGAGACUUAUGCUGUUGAAGCAUUGGAAUUUGAUUCGCGUCGUUAGCUCACCAUUCUUUCUAUCCAUUGACCAUGCCAGAGAAAUCCAUUUUGUUAGGAUAGCAUUUUCUCUUUUAUACCUGUAUAUCCCGUUUUACUGACAAAAGAUGCCUUGAUUGCUGUUGAAGAUAUGCCACCAUUUUUCAUUGUUAAUUAUUAGCAAAUUUGUUAUCCGACAAUGAGCUGUCAUUGUGUUGGGAUAUGUUGGGAUUUUACCAAUGAUCAAGAUGCUUACUAAUUGCUGUUUUCUGUAAUAUAACUGGUUCUUGGUGGCUUA